GCUCUCUCCAAAAACCAAACCUGAUACAAAGAGAAAACAAAAAAAAACAGGAGAUGCUGAACAUGUUGUCUAUCUUAAGGCGAAACCUCCAAAAUCUUCGGAAAAGCCCGCGUGUUGCUGAUGAAAGCGUGUUGCCUUCCACAACCGUUAACAGAGACGGGAGAGGAAAUGAGAGUAACGGUGUGAUGAUGAAGUUUCCUUUAUCGAUCAUGUCUUGCUUUGCAGUUCCACGUGGUAGCAGGACAGAUGGUGUGUGGGUGUCGGGAGAUUACGGAAGGGUCUCGGAGGUUAACCAUCUCAUGGUCUGUGAUGGCAUGAGAUACGCUCUCUUAAUGUAAUUAUCCACUUUUGUCUCUAUACUCCAGCUAGUAUAAUACAUCGAUCUUCAAUACCCAUUUGGUUUGCUUCUUCUUUUGUUGAUGGAUUUAUGGGUUUAAUAUUUAGGGAAUCUAGUGAGAGAUAUACAAUGGGUUUUCACCCUUUUUUUCUUUUCUUGCGUCCAUGAGACGUUUGUUAAUAAGAUUUCAUAGGAAUAUUUUACCCACAAAUAUUUCAACCACGCUCAUGUUUAUACAGCUUGGACAAUUUUGAAACUUGAUUAAAAACUUAUUAAAAUAGUGACAGAUCGAUGUGUUAGAUGAAUUAUGUACACAUAUUAUGUAUUGGCCACAGAUCAUCCAACGGCAAAGUG